CAACUCCCUGCUGUCGGAAGAUUCAUCUUCUUCUUUCUGUCAGCUCUCUGUUGCCUAAUUUCCUUCCCCAACUCCUGAAGUCGUGGGCGUAUAUCCGUGUGACUCAAUCCGCAUUUCCCAGGCGCCAAAAUAAAAGCACAGAGCCUACAUGUACAGUCUCCUUUAUAUUGGAUCGGAGUUGGGGAAGAAGAACAUAUGCGCGCCGCGUCGAUCGAUUCCGAUCCACUCCGCCAUCCCGACGGCCUCGAGCCGCCUUUUGAUCUCUGUGCUAUGCAUGCAAUUCGCACGCGCGCGUAUACUGAUCCAUCCCCAUUCCGGCGAGAGAUUUAUUAUAUAUAUUAAACAGAAAGCCAUGUGUUCCACAAGCGAUCGCGACACGAUCGAUGGGGAGCUCUCCUCUAGCUCUAGGCUGUAGCCCUCUCGAUCGGCUAGGCAACGCGCACUCGUGGCACCUUAAAUAGGAGCCUCAGAUCGGCUUGCCCGGCAUCGCAAGCUCGCAGCGCAGCUCACUCUUGAAGCUAGCAGCUUCUGUGUGUGUGUUCCGGCGAUCGAUGACGGCGGCGGCGAAGCCGGUGCGGCGGUACGCGCUGCUGCUGGCGCUGUGGGACUCGGACUACGCCAAGAAGGUGUACGGCGGGUACUACAACGUCUUCGUCGCCGCGUUCGGCGGCGACGGCGGCGGCGAGAGGUGGGACUGCUUCCGCGUGAUCGCCGGCGAGUUCCCGGCGGCGGAGGACCUGGGCUCGUACGACGGGUUCGUGGUCAGCGGCAGCCCGCACGACGCGCACGGCGAGGAGCCCUGGGUCCGCUGCCUCUGCGCGCUCGUCCAGGCGCUCCACGCCAUGGGGAAGCGGGUCCUCGGCAUCUGCUUCGGGCACCAGGUCCUGUGCCGGGCGCUGGGCGGGAGGGUCGGCAGGGCGCGCGGCGGCUGGGACGUCGGCGUGAGGACGGUGACCUUCGCGCGGGGCCUGCAGGAUCAUCGGAGCCUCCUCGGGUCCCUCGGCGAGCUCCCCCGGAGUGCCGCCAUCGUCGAGGUCCACCGGGACGAGGUGUGGGAGGCCCCGCCGGGGGCGACGGUGCUGGCCUCCUCGGAGAAGACGCGCGUGGAGGCGUUCGCGGUCGGGGAGGUCGCGCUAGGCAUCCAGGGCCACCCGGAGUACACCACCGACAUCCUCCACAACCUCAUCGAUCGCCUCACCGCCCAGAACGACAUCCAGGGGCGCGCCGCCGACGACGCGCGGCGGACGGCGGCGGAGACCGGCGGGCCGGACCGCGCGUUCUGGACGGGGCUCUGCAAGAACUUCCUCAGGGGCGGGCCGAUGAGCACCCCGCUGCCCGCACCGCCGGAGGUGACUGGCCGCGCCGCCACCGCCGCCGCUGUCGUCGGCAGCUGCUUCGCCAGCGCCGCUCCGAUGGUCCAGCUGGCUUGCCGCGCCAGCAUCAAUUAGUUGGGCAUGGCUGCAAGAUUGAUGGAGACCCAGCACCGGCCGCCGCCCGCCGGCAUAGCAUGCACGCGCUACACUGUACUGCAUGCAGCUGCUGCAUGAUUGAUUGUUGGUGAUGAUGAUGUGUUUUGGUACUAACGGUGUGAAGUCGUGACUCCGAACUGGACGAAAUUAAAGUCGCUUUACUGAAUGAGCUUGUCCCCGUGAGCUUGCCGAAAUUUGUCGAGGCAUUUAAGUUUGAAGCAUGUACAUAUAUGAACGAGUUGAACGUCGCAAGUUGCAAUUUUUUUUU